AUGUUGAGCCAUCAGUGUUCUCACUAUGGAAGAGGGAGCAGGAAGCCGUCAUCCAGGGACAAGGACAAAGGUACAGCACUGGUGUUAGUAGCUGAUGACAGAAGUGACAGCCUGGACACAGCAAAAAGACAACACCUCUGCUCCCAGUGUGGAAAGAGUUUUAACCAGAAAGAGCACCUGAAAAAACAUGAGAGAAUACACACAGGGGAGAAGCCUUACCACUGCUCCCAGUGUGGAAAGAGUUUUACCCAGAAAAGCAACCUGAAAAAACAUGAGAGCAUACACACAGGGGAGAAGCCUUUCCAAUGCUCCCAGUGUGGAAAGAGUUCUGCUCACUUAUGUAAACUGAAAACACAUCAGAGAAUACACACGGGGGAGAAGCCUUACCACUGUUCCCAGUGUGGAAAGAGUUUUGCCCACUUAUGUAACCUGAAAUCGCAUGAGAGAUUACACACAGGUGAGAAGCCUUACCCCUGCUCCCAGUGUGGAAAGCGUUUUACCCACUCAUGUAACCUGAAAACACAUGAGAUAUUACACACAGGGGAGAAGCCGUACCCCUGCUCCCAGUGUGGAAAGAGUUUUGCCCACUUAUGUAAACUGAAAAUACAUCAAAGAAUACACACAGGCGAGAAGCCUUACCACUGCUCCCAGUGUGGAAGGAGUUUUACCCACUUAUGUAACCUGAAAAGACAUGAAAGAUUACACACAGUCUGAACAGUAGAACAUAGGAUAGAUGUAGGCUGAACAUUUUUAGAGUAAAAAGUCUUUGGUCCUAGGGGGAAGAUCAGCUUUAAUAUUGAACUUAGAUUGUAGCUUCCAUCAAUGUAAUUGUCUACUUCAUUUCUAAUCCCCCAUAUAUGUUUUUGUGUAUAUAUAUAUAUAUAUAUAACAUGUGUGUGUAUGU